UGGUGUUUGCCUGUUAAUAGCCAGCCUGACGCAAGCUAGCGGAGGCAGGGGGACUGGCACGGAGCAGAACAAGCCUCUCAGCAGACAAUUGGAACAGGAAGCAAGGAAGGAAAGGGUCUUUCACCCGGAGGAAGACUGGCAAACUCCUUGGGAUUGUGACAAGACAGCCACACAGUAACUCCAGAGACCACCCAUUGUAAGAAGAGGAAAGCGGAAUAGGAUAUUUCACUUGUUCCUUUUUUUAAGCACUGCCGUUUUUCAUUGCUUCAUUGACACAGUAAGAAGAAGGUGUAGCGAAGAUCUGAAGAUGAACAACACCCUGUCAAACACUUCUAUGAAGUGUGUUCGGGAUACCAGUGUGACAGCUGUGGUGUUCCCCUGUCUCUACAGCAUCUUAUUUAUAGUUGCCCUGAUACUGAAUUCCCUGGCUGCAUGGAUCUUCUUCAGCAUCCCCAGCUCCUCAACAUUUGUGGUCUUUCUAAAAAAUGUGGUCGUGGCUGACUUGCUGAUGACCCUGACCAUCCCUCUGAGAGUCUUAAGUGAUGCUGGUGUGGGUUCCUUAUAUCUACGCGCCUUCCACUGCAGAUACUCUGCAGUUCUCUUCUACAUCACCAUGUACAUCAGCAUCCUCUUGCUAGGCCUCAUCAGCCUGGACCGCUACCUGAAGAUAGUCAGGCCAUUUGGGAAGUGUGCCCUGCAGCGGGUUCGUGUUGGUCAGCUGCUGAGUGCAGCUGUCUGGGUGGUCAUGCUAGCGUUAGCAUUACCCAACGUUAUUCUAAGUGACCAGCCUCCACGCGGCCCUGGAGGCAGACUGAAGUGCACCUCUAUGAAGAGCAACGCUGGUAUGCUCUGGCAUGCAGGAUUCAACUACUUCUGUCAGGUGGUUUUUUGGGGCACGCUGGCAUUGAUGGUGGUUUGCUACACGUUAAUCAGCAAGAAGGUUUAUGAGUCCUACAAAGCCUCAAAGUGCAGAUCUCAAGCAGCCAGUCGCAGAACCAAGGCAAAGGUGUAUGUGGUGGUUGGGGUUUUCUUCAUCUGCUUUGCCCCCUUUCACUUUGCCCGUGUCCCCUACACUCUCACCCAAACGGGCAGCAUGGCGAAUCAUUGCAAGGCACAGCAGGCUCUCUACAUUGCAAAGGAAACCACCCUGUGGCUGUCGGCCACCAAUGUGUGUUUAGACCCGCUUAUCUAUGUGUUCCUGUGUAAAGUGUUUCGGAGAAGACUGACAGCCGCACUCUGCCGUAGGCCGUUCAACAAAGGUGCCAUGGAGUCACCAACGGCAACAUCAACUCAACUGGAGAUGUCACAAAUGGCCCCAAGUAAAAGACUGUCAUAUAAUGGGGUCCCACAGUAACAGGCUGGACAAUGUACAAUGGGAAAUUAAUAAUGAUGAGAUUACUGUGUGAAUUGCUUUUCAACAUGUAAAUAGCAUUUUAUCUUGAUGACAACAGUCGUCAAACAUUUUUUAAAUGAAUGCAAGGUGAUCACAAUCUGUUGAAUAUUCAAUGCUUUGUAACAGGAAAGGGUCUGGUAUGACGGGUGAAAUGUUCUCACAAACAAGGCUAUUUUUGAUACAGUACUAACCAAGCACUUCUUUCUCGGUUUGCUAAGUCAUACAAAACGUUUCCUUAAUUGUGUUCCCUGUAAUUUUCUACUUCCUUCUGUACCCUUAUCUCAUGUAAACUGCACUUUCCCUUCACGGACAUUUUGGCGAAAGGCUAAUCAUCUUGACAGCACAUAUUCUCCAAUGACACACACAAUGUAAACAGUGACCAAAUGAUAACAAAAUAAGGACUGCAAUAGACACUGCUUACAGCUAUAACUUCUGUGCAAUAUGAAUAAUAAUAAUAAUAAUAACAUAAUAAAAAUAAUAUUUUUGUAUAAAGAAAAA